GAGAGGCGCAGCUCUUCCUCACUGCUCUCUCCAUCAUCCCUCCAUCUUCCUCCUCCUCUUCCUCCUCCUCCUCUUCCUCCGUCCGCAGCCAAACUCUCUCUCUCUCUCUCUCUCUCUCUCCGUCACCUCUGCUUCUUCUUCUCUCUCUGCCUCCUCUUCUUCAUCCCUCCGACACACUCAGACGGGUCUGACUCUUGGGCUUCAUCAUCAUCAUCAUCAUCAUCCUCGGAGGAAGACAACAGGGAGCUCCCUGACCCCUCGCCCCACAGGGUCACCAUGGCAACGGUCAUCUGCACUCGUUUUACUGAAGAGUAUCAGCUGUAUGAGGAGCUGGGCAAGGGAGCGUUCUCAGUGGUGCGGCGCUGCGUGAAGGUCCUGUCGGGUCAGGAGUACGCCGCCAAGAUCAUCAACACCAAGAAGCUGUCUGCCAGAGAUCAUCAGAAGUUGGACCGUGAAGCUCGAAUCUGUCGACUACUGAAGCACCCCAACAUCGUUCGGCUGCAUGACAGCAUCUCGGAGGAGGGGCAUCAUUACCUCAUCUUUGACCUUGUGACAGGUGGGGAGCUGUUUGAAGACAUCGUAGCGAGAGAAUAUUACAGUGAAGCUGAUGCCAGUCACUGUAUCCAGCAGAUUUUGGAGGCGGUGCUACAUUGUCAUCAGAUGGGCGUGGUCCACAGAGACCUAAAGCCUGAGAACCUCCUCCUGGCCUCCAAGUCCAAAGGAGCGGCGGUGAAACUCGCCGACUUUGGCCUCGCCAUCGAGGUGGAAGGAGACCAGCAGGCGUGGUUCGGCUUUGCGGGGACUCCAGGUUAUCUGUCUCCAGAGGUCCUCAGGAAGGACCCAUAUGGGAAAGCAGUCGACCUCUGGGCCUGUGGUGUGAUUCUCUACAUCCUAUUGGUCGGUUAUCCUCCAUUCUGGGAUGAAGAUCAGCAUCGUCUGUACCAGCAAAUCAAAGCUGGCGCCUAUGAUUUUCCUUCCCCGGAGUGGGACACGGUGACUCCUGAAGCCAAAGAUCUCAUCAAUAAGAUGCUGACCAUCAACCCGGCCAAACGCAUCACAGCUGCCGAGGCGCUCAAACACCCCUGGAUCUCUCACCGAUCCACAGUGGCGUCCUGCAUGCACAGACAGGAAACGGUCGAGUGUCUGAAGAAGUUCAACGCCAGGAGGAAACUGAAGGGAGCCAUUCUCACCACCAUGUUGGCCACCAGGAAUUUCUCCGGAGGAAAGAGCGGGAGCAACAAGAAGGCCGACGGAGUGAAGGAAUCCUCUGAGAGCACAAACACCACCAUCGAGGAUGAAGACACCCGAGGGAGGAAACAGGACAUCAUUAAAGUCACUGAGCAGCUCAUCGAGGCCAUCAGCAACGGAGACUUUGAGAGCUACACUAAAAUGUGCGACCCGGCUGUGACGGCGUUCGAGCCCGAGGCGUUGGGGAAUCUGGUCGAAGGCCUGGACUUCCACCGCUUUUACUUUGAAAACUUGUGGUCCAAGAACAGCAAACCGGUGCACACCACCAUCCUGAACCCUCACAUCCACCUGGUGGGCGACGAGGCCGCCUGCAUCGCGUACGUCAGGGUGACGCAGUACAUCGACUCCAACGGGACGCCUCGCACCGCCCAAUCGGAGGAGACCAGGGUGUGGCACCGCCGCGACGGGAAGUGGCAGAUCGUGCACUUCCACCGCUCAGGCUCCCCCUCCACGCUGAGCAACUAACUUCCAGAGUGAGUGGAUCUUUGAUGGGGCCACCGUCACCAUGACAGCAGUUUGAUUGACAGCAGGCCGGGCCUCUGACACCAACCAUUCAGGAUUUUGUUUGAGGAGUUUGGAGAGGAGACGACGGGGCCAGAAAGCUUCACUCCAACCAGUGAACUGCAUUACCAACCAACCAACCAAUCAGCUUCCUCUUCUCAGCUUGUUUGGACUUUGCUUCAGCCACGCCCCCUUGUGAUCAGCCAAUCAGAUUGUAAUAAUGUUUGGAAACCUUGUAUCUCCAGUUUGUUCGAGUUCAGGAGGUUCAAACCUUCAGAUGUUUAACAGGACCAACACCUGCACACCACAGCUCCCCCUGUGGACAGAACACAUCACUACAGUGUGUUAGCUUCACCCAGCAUGUGGUUAGCCUAGUUUAGCACAAACACUGGAAGCAGGGGGAAACUGUUAGCAUGGCUCCACCCAAACAGCCCAGUGUCGCCUCCAUCUACAUGACGUGUUGUAGCUGAUCGAGUGUAGACGUAGAAAAAGUUUCCAGCUUUCAUUUUUGCUCCUCGUCGCGUUUCUCACGGAUCUACUGACCCGUCGGCUGCACAGACUUAGCUUUUAUAGUGUUGGCGUUCACGCGUGUUGGUUACCUUUAGACUCAGAUAUUAAACACAGGAAGUACGAGCCUCGCCUUUAGACGUUUGGGAGAUACAAGCUUUCCUGAAACUACAGAUAUUUACAUAAAGGAACAAAAAGAUAUAUUAUAUAGAUGUAAUGUGAUAUAAUAUUAUGAUCAAGAGCUGCUUUGGUCGCUACAGAUUAUUUAGAUAAAUGAACUCGUGACUGAGACUUGGGCUGAGCCACAACAGCAAACAGACCAAUUAUAUAAUAUAAACCUGGAAAAUCAGGAUUAUCUGCAAAUAUAUUAAUAAAAACGCUUUUUUCUUCCCAUACAUCAGAAAUAAAACUCUUCUUCGUAGUUAUUAAUUUUAAAAAGCGUCUCAUUCCCCCUUUUUCGUUUUAUGUUUUUACAAGUUUAAACCUUUUGUUUACCUUAUUUGCCUCGUACGCUUCCAGAGUUUAUACAUAUAUACUAAUGGCACAGCUCUUAAACUAGCAUGUUAGAAACAUGAUUAAGCCCAGUUAUUCAGCUAAACCCUCGGGUGACCCGGAGCUCAUACAUGGAUCGUUUUAAACUGGUUAGCGGCUAAAGCAGCUCGUGGCCUUCACGAUGACGUCGUCUAACAGAGAAACUUUAUUUAAACUGUGUACGCUACACAGGAACACUCAUCUGCUUCCAUCGGGCUUGGAGAGCUCUAGAAGCUUCCACCACCCUCUGACCUGUGAUCUUCCAUGAACAGCCACACCUCUGCUCAGAUCAGCCCCACCCCUCCCCCACAGCCACUGCCACCACCCUCCCCCACAGCCACUGCCACCACAUGUCCUAGCGAGGAAGGCCUUAACGAGGCGUGUAUCUACCUGCCUGCUCUCCGCUCAGAGCAUCAUUAGCAGCACAAACUUUACUGUUCACACUGAGUUUACAAUAUUCAGAUUUAGGAGCUGCCCCUUACCUGUGAGGGAACAAGGAAGUAGGGAAGGAAGAAAGGAGUCAAGGGACUAAAAACAAAAACAAAAGAAACCAAGAAAGGAAAACACAAAAACACACACACAAGCCUGUCCAGCUAUCUUAGUGAGGACCUUCAUCGACAUAAUGCUUGCCCUAACCCUAACCAUUAAAAAUGAAUGCCUAACCCUAAACUUAACCAUAACUUAAUUGUAACCCUGACACUAAAACCACAUUUUGAGCCUCAAAAAGGCUUCAAACUUGUGAGGACCGGUGAGUGUGUGUCCUCACAAGGGACUGUUGGUUUUCUCAAGUAUAGUAGAAUGCAGAUUUCAGUCCUCACAAAGAUAGCUAGACAGGAACACACACACACACACGAACAAACUCAUCUUUGAUGUUUUUUACACAUUUUAAAACUCCUCGAUGCUCAGACAGCCAAUCAGAAUCAUCAUCAGUCUCCAGUGUUUACAGGAAAGUACGGAGUCCCAGAAGUGACAAACAUCACUGCCCAUCAUAGUGACACAAAUAUACUGAAUUGUCACAGUCACACUCUGGACUGUAACAACAGUUACUGAGCUAUAGAUUUCAGACGCUUAACAGCAGAAACAUCCCAAUACAGUUACUGGCAGGGCUGGGAGUAUUUUAAGCAAUAAUAAAUGUACAUAAACACAAACAUGCAGACGUUUGAUUUGAUUCAGUUAACGAACACGACGCCGAUCUAUGGAACCUUUAGUGACUGUACAUCAGCACUGAUGUGUCGCUAAGCUUCAGCCAAUCACAAACCAGUACAACAGAGAAAAAGUGACUCAGACUGAUGGUGAAACAUCCGUACCAUCCAUAUAUACUGCCUAUAGAGUACUGCAGUACUUUAAUACUAGAUGAGUAAACAUAAACCAUUGUGAGGGUUGGAUGUGAACGUGAGCUGCUGUUGCACAUGGUGCUUUUUGACUCUUCUGGGCCUCCGUACAGCAGGAACUCAGACUGCCCCCUGUUGGUCUGUUGGUGGUGUGGUCGCGGUGUGAAACCUCAUAUCUCCGUGUGGUUCUUUUCUUCCUGUCGUUGUUUUUUAGAAGCCUUAAUUAUGGACUAACUUAAUAACUUAAACUUUACCUGCAUCUUGGAUCGUGGCUUUAGUUAUCGACCUGCCGGCUCAGAGUCUCUGAGUCGGCGCCGUGGUUGGUGGAUUUUCUUUGCGGUGGUGUAAAACGGUUGGAUGUUUGGCUGGAGUUCUGCAGGGAGGGCUUGUGUUUCUUCCUCUUCAGUGUUUCUGUACAGAUUUGUGAUUUUCUGCAUGCUGGAACUGACUUUGUGUUUUGUGUUUCGGCUUCAGCCUCCGUGGCGUUUUGACGUUCGCUGCUGUCGGCCCGCGUUCCCGCACUCCGGUGACUUGACUCGGACUCCUUAGCUUUGUUAGCAUUCCUCACCCGGAGCAAUGGCGUCUGCUAGCCGCGAGCUAACAAAAUGCCGGCGGUGCCACCUUUGAUAUUCUGCGAUUUUUGAGCCGUUGUGUUUGUCUCAGAGGCUUUAAGCAGCUUUUUACCGUCGGGAGAAUGUAGAACUUUGUACAAUCAGAUUCUUAUUAUGACGAUGACAUGAUUAUGAUUAUUAUUCUCGAUAUACUGCAUUUGUAUAUUUACAAGCUUUUUAAUGUUCGGAUCAGACUUCCAGUGCUAGCGUUGUGCGAGUCCGCCUGUAGAGAACACAUUGUGCACUAUUAGCUUUAUUAUUUUGUUUAGUGUUGAGUUCCCCAGCUACUGCUGAAUGUGUUUGCCACAGCACUGCUGCCCUUUAAUUUACUGACAUCUCUGUGCCAUUCGGCAUCCCACCUCAGAAACGCUCGGAGCUGAGGAGGCUGAAUACUGAGUCAAAGGUCGGGGGGUC